AUGAAGCCACUCCAAGGAUUUGGUGUCUCCAAAGUUGUGGAUUCUGAUCAUCCCAAUUUCAAGCCUGGCGAGUUCAUCUCAGGGAUCACCGGAUGGGAAGAAUACAGCUUGAUUCGCACAACUGAGCUGUCGAGAAAAAUUAAGCCAAAUGACAUCCCUCUAUCAUACCAUGUGGGUCUUCUUGGUAUGCCAGGUUUUACUGCAUAUGCGGGAUUCUAUGAGGUCUGCUCCCCUAAGAAAGGGGAAUCUGUUUUAGUUUCUGCUGCUUCAGGAGCCGUUGGGCAGCUUGUUGGCCAACUGGCUAAAUUGCUUGGCUGCUAUGUAGUUGGAAGUUGUGGCUCAAGCCAAAAAGUUGAUCUUUUGAGGAAUAAGCUUGGGUUUGAUGAAGCGUUUAACUACAAGGAAGAGCCAGACCUGGGUGCAGCUUUGAAAAGGUACUUUCCUCAAGGCAUUGACAUUUACUUUGAUAAUGUGGGAGGGGACAUGCUUGAUGCAGCACUUGUUAACAUGAAAAUUCAUGGUCGAAUUGCUGUAUGUGGAAUGGUGUCUGAGAAAAACCUCUCUAAUCCCCAGGGCAUCCGCAACGUAUACAAUCUCAUAACAAAGCGUAUCAGGAUGCAGGGAUUCCUGCAAAGUGAUUACAUACACUUGUUCCCACGCUUCUUGGAACAUGUCAUUAGUUACUACAAGCAAGGUAAGAUUGUUUACAUCGAAGACAUGAAUGAAGGCUUGGAAAGUGCUCCAUCUGCUUUUGUUGGGCUAUUUUUGGGAGAAAAUGUUGGUAAGCAAGUCAUUCGUGUAGCCCAUGAAUGA